GCGGCUGCGUGUAGAUGGAGCAGGAGAGAGAGAGAGAGGGAGGCAGGUCUCACCUCGGCGCUUUUCUGCAAUCACACAGUUUGAUCUGAGUUAAAGGAGCUCACGCACUCAUCAGAGAUGUUCACCUCAACUUCUCUAAACGUCUCUUCUAUUUUCCCGACUUCUACCCCGACUAUUUCCCCUACAGAUCAGCUCACAGCCAUUAUGAUUGCAUGUUCUUGUCUGGUGGUUUUUGUCAUGAUUGUUCUACUGGGAUCUGUCAUCUACCGUAAGGAGCCUUUCUGCUGUAAAUCCCGGACUUAUCAAGACUCACAUGCUGACUUGGAUCCUUCCUCUCAACACUACAGCAGCAGGCAAACUUUGGUGGGCUCACCUUGCACUGAUUUACCUCAAAACUUUGAAAAUCUUGAUAACAUCAACCCACAGUCAGGGCAGCUGUUCUACGUGGGCAUGCCAAGCACAUACUGCCUCCCACCCAUGGACCCAUCCCUGCCUCAUCUGCCCUCCUAUGAGAGCGUGCGUAAGAAGGACCGACAGCGGCAGAUUCACAUGAUGAUCGCAGACCGUUUUGGUCUGAAUGAACCCACGACAGCAGAGAAUCCACCCACAUAUGAGGAGAGUGUUCGCCAAUCUCUUCAGUCACUUCAGUCCUUAGAAGGCCCAUUUAACACCAUGCAACCAUCAGUGAUGCCCCAAGUUGUUCUCUCUCAGCCUGUGAAUGGCUUGCCUCAAUAUGAGGAACUACCUCACAUUACUACGACUACUACUACUACAUCACCAGAUAGUAGUAAUGACCAAGGGAUUCAGAUUCAUCACGAAGAAUUAUACUGCUCUAGUCUCUCCAGUGACACUGAGGAACAAUAGAAAAACUAUGGUCUUCAAACAAAUUCCACGUGGAAUAAGCCAAUACUGGAUUAAGCCUGUGCAGCUCAAAGGCCAAAGAAGUGAAAAAGAAAAACCUUUACACAAACACAGUAAGACAAACACGGAGCCAAGAGGAAACUUCCACUAGUAUUCAGGCAAAACCAUUUAAGCACACUAAACAUGUCUUUGUGUUUGAAGCACACUCUACAGUGAUUGACGCUGACUCCUGACACCUCAUCAUUAAAAACAGGGAAUUUGCCUGCAGCCUCUUGCAGAGUUACAAAAAAAGCCUGCAGAAACAAACAGGCUCAAUGCAAAGAACAACCAUUAUUCAGCCUUAAUAAAUGUGAUGAAACUUUCUCAGGUAACUUUUAG